GUGUGUGUGUGAGCUGAUGUGGACGUGAAUUCAGCAGAAUGGACCAGUGUGAGGACGGAGAGGACGGAGUCCCUCCCUCUAAAAGAUCUCUGUGUGGCGAACAUGAGAGUCGGAGCAAAGCUCAGAGGAAUCAACCUGGACCUGGGCCUGGACCUGGACCUGGACCUGGACCUGGACCUGGACCUGAACCUGGACCUGGACCUGGACCAGGACCUGGACCUGGACCUGGACCUGGACCUGGACCUGGACCUGGACCUGGACCUGGACCUGGACCCAGCUGUGUGUCCUUGAAGAGCGACAAGUCAAUGGAAUAUGUUAUUACCUUCAAAGGAGACCAAGGUUCUGCUGUAAAGAGGUGAGUGU